CUCAUUCCACUCACACAAACACAAGCUUCCAUCAAGCUUUCUCCUCCUCAUCAACCUUCUUCUAGCUAGCUGCUUCAGUGAGCGUGCUUUCGCAGCACGAAACGCAUGGCUCGCAUGGCGGCGUGGGUGCUAGCGAUCCUGCUCGCCUCUUGUGCCUUUGCGUUGGCGACCUUCGACAAGGAGUUCGACGUCACCUGGGGUGACGGGCGCGGCAAGAUCCUCAACAACGGCCAGCUCCUCACGCUGGGGCUCGAUAAGAUCUCCGGCUCCGGGUUCCAGUCCAAGCACGAGUACCUCUUCGGCAAGAUCGACAUGCAGCUCAAGCUCGUCCCCGGCAACUCCGCCGGCACCGUCACCGCAUACUACCUGUCGUCGCAGGGUCCGACGCACGACGAGAUCGACUUCGAGUUCCUGGGCAACGUCACCGGCGAGCCCUACACGCUGCACACCAACGUGUUCACGCAGGGGCAGGGCCAGCGGGAGCAGCAGUUCCGCCUCUGGUUCGAUCCCACCAACGACUUCCACACCUACUCCAUCCUCUGGAACCCAAAGCACAUCAUAUUCAUGGUGGACGACAUGCCGAUCAGGGACUACAAGAACCUGGAGGGAAAGGGGAUCGCCUUCCCCAAGAACCAGCCGAUGCGGCUCUACUCCAGCCUCUGGAACGCCGACGACUGGGCCACGCAGGGCGGCCGCGUCAAGACGGACUGGUCCCACGCCCCGUUCUCCGCCUCGUACCGCGGCUUCAAGGCCGACGCGUGCGUGGUGACCGCGGGAGGCCGGCCGCGCUGCGGCGCCAGCGUCGGCACGGAGGUCGCCCCCGGCACCGGCGCGGCGGGCGAGUGGUACAACCAGGAGCUGGACCUGACGCGGCAGCAGCGGAUGCGGUGGGUGCAGAGGAACUACAUGAUCUACAACUACUGCACGGACCCCAAGCGCGUCGCCAAGGGCGUCCCCGCCGAGUGCUCCAUGUAGCCCCUAUGUCCACCCAGCAAGCUAGCACUGGAACGUCCGUGUAUACAUCGAUCGCCGGAGAAAGGGGAGAUGGGGGCGUCUGUAUUGUAUGAUAAAUAAGGACCGGUGUGGGGGAUAAUGUGAAAUGUAGGCGGUGGUGGAUCCUUGUGCUCGUUCUUUGUCACGCUCACGCCCACUUCGUGUGUAAUAUAUGCCACUUCUUUGCAA